GAGAGGGGAGGACAGGGUUUUGACACGGAGAGAAUCAGCUCCUCCGGUCAGAGCGCGCGCUGUGGUUACAUGUCUAAUGGAUUAAUGCCGUAGGCGCUAUUACCAAAAAUAUAUUGUCUAGAAGUCCAUAACCAUCAUAUAGUUUUCAUAGAGAGGAUCGAGUCUUGUGUGUUAAGUAGCCUUUAGCCCGCCUAUAAUUUUGUGUCGUGUUCUCAAAAUUAAGCCAACACGUUUCAAAAUGAAACCAAGCCCCACAUCAAGGGCAAUGUUAGGUUUGUGUUGCGUAGUUUCUCAGAGGGUAAGCCAUGAUAUGAUAUUAUUAUCAUGGGGAGGACAUGUUUCUUGCAAAUCAAUAGUAUCGCAUGAAAGGGCAGACAACACCCUUACGAUUUUCUAGUCCUACGGUGUAUGGAAAGUGAUCCUGGAUGGACCUGGGCGAAAACAUCUGGUCCAUGGUCAAGCGAGAAGUGUCCAGCAGCCCCGGGUCACCGGCUGAACAGAGUUACUUACACGGCGGGCAGGGCAGGAGGGACAGCCACGCGCACGACUCGGAGGGACUCAGGUCACCGCUGCCAAGCGAUCAAAUUGACACAGUGGGACACCGGCGCGCGGAAGGGCCAGGCAGAUCAUCUCUACACUCCUACGUUCAGUUCGGACACGGGCACCAUCACAACAACACUGAGGACAUCACUCUGUUCACAGAUUUAGACCAGGGCAAUAAACUCAUCAUUUCCAGUGGAGCGCACCCGCACCACAAGGGGGGCCUUAUCGUUGACCCCAGCGACAUGUAUCAAACACUAGCCAUCGCGGCGGCCCACCAGAGCCAGGCUGGGUACGACUCGCCCUCUGGGGGCUAUAUGCACUCCAACCCCAAUUCUCCAGUGUAUGUACCGAGCUCGCGGGUGGGACCCAUGAUACCCAGCCUUCCUUAUUUGCAAGCCAGUGGUUCGUCUCAGCCCAGCCAUGCGGUCACCAGCCACUCAGUCUGGUCGCAGUCUACUCCGGAGAGUCCCUCCUACAGCACCGGGAGUCCUCAUACCUCCAACCGUUUCCACUACCCUCCAAGUCCGCCCAUUAACAACGGGGUUCCCAGGGAUAACGGCUACAGUAAUCCGCUGAAUGUGGGCAGUCGAGACCAGUACGGUCUCUCACGCCCCCUCAGUGGAUCCUACGCCAGCCCCUACUCCCAGUAUGUUGGACCGCAGCUAUCCCAGUUGUCCUCGCCUUGGCCCGGAGGACCGUUUGAUAACACCAUGCUGCACACUUUGCAAAGCAGAGGUGCGCCCUUGACGAUUCGAGGACCUAACGGAGAUAUUCUCGACGACCUGGGAGAGAGCAGGGAAUGUGUCAACUGCGGCUCCAUCUCCACGCCGCUCUGGAGACGCGAUGGCACGGGUCACUUUCUCUGCAACGCCUGCGGCCUGUACAGUAAAAUGAAUGGACUCAGCCGGCCAUUAAUUAAACCACAGAAGCGGAUGUCAUCAUCCCGGCGAAUCGGCCUCUCCUGUGCCAACUGUCAGACGAGCACAACCACCUUAUGGCGCAGAAACGCAGAGGGAGAACCGGUGUGCAACGCAUGUGGGCUCUACACAAAAUUACAUGGAGUACCUCGGCCCCUCGCCAUGAAGAAAGAGGGAAUUCAGACGAGGAAAAGAAAACCUAAAACUUUGAACAAAACCAAGGGAUCCUCAGGGAAUAGUAAUUCAGUCGCCAUGACUCCGACGUCCACGUCUUCUUCCAACUCUGAAGACUCGAAGAACAGCUCUCCGAACACGCAGGUGCCAGGGGUUCAGUCCUCUGUACUGAGUGGCCCAGUGGAGGGCUCAGCUGGCUCUGGUGGCUCUGCCGUGGUCAAGUACCCAGGCCAGGACGGCCUCUACACCCGUGUGGGCCUCACCCAGUCUGCAGACGUAGCCGGCUCUGUCAGAGGGGAGCCCUGGUGCCCUAUGGCCCUGGCCUGAGUCACCAAGCUGGGGGACGGAACUCACCUCACUAGCCUCUCUCUCUCUGGAUGUCCUGCUGCUGAGUGGUGGAAGUAUUCAAGUGCCUCGAUGGCUCUGGGCCUGUUUCCUACCUCCCAGCUAACAACUGUUGGACAGAGACAGCCUUUUUGCCCCUUCACACCCCUGCAAGUUUGAAAUGUCUGUGGAAUAUUUGGGAUUGAUUUCCAGAAUGAUAUGGGAAAACCUUAGUGCCUUAACACAAAGGGAAAUAAGUGAGAGGUGAUGCCUUGUUGUUAAUCUGCAGUUGAUAUGCUUUCUGGACCGACCUGCUGUGUGUGUACUCAAUAUCUCUCUCUCUCAGAUAUGGAGGUGGAUCAAAUGUUCUUUGUUGUUUGAAAUGAAGAAACCUGUACAUAAUGCUAUGGAUUCCCCCACUCAAGACAAAAGCGGUUAAUUGGAUAUUAGUGCUUGAUAAAAGCACUAUCCAUACGAAGGACAUUUUUAUUAUAUAUUUUUUUGCAACUGGAAUCAAGCUAUCAAGUUACCAAGACAACCUUCCUGAAUCAAGAUAAAGUAUUUAUUAAUCUUCCAUUGUUGAAAACAUGAGUAUGAUUGUUAAAUAAAGAUAUGGACAUAGAGUAGAACUGAAAGAAAAACAUUUCUUAUGUCUUCAUUUUAAAUAUGAUUGUUCAUUUCUUUCUCUCUUGUUGAGUUAGUAGUUGUUAGUUAUUGCAAAUAUGCUUUUCCACUGAUAGCUCUUACUGAAACUCUUAUGCUUUUAAACAGGGUAUCAAAGACUGUGACAUCCUAUGUCAGUCAAUUUUUGUUUUUAAUUAUUUACUCAAUUCUUAAAUAAUCAAAUCCUACAGAUGAAAUUAAAAUACUGUUAAUUUAUGGUACUAUUUUGGAAGAAAUUGGUAGAAGCUGUUUUUUCUAAGGUGAGGACAAAAAAUGUUUAGGACAUUUUCGCAAACUUUUUGACACAUGUGCAACAGCUAGCUAAGUACUGUUUGAACAAAUGGCACCCACAAUCAUUUUCUAGAUGCAUCUUUUUGUUACGAUACUAAACUGUAAAAGAGGACUGCUGCAAUAUCUUCUGUCUGCAACAAAGACUACCUAACUGAUAUAAACUGUAUACAUUUACGGUUGCAUACAUGCAUGUGAUUUUCAUGAUAAAAUUUGACAGAAAUAAAAUGAAAAGGCUAAAUGGCAUUGAGGUCAACAUAGAUUCAUUUAAUGUCACUACAUGGAGAAAUAGAGGUGGAAUUAAUAAAUUGCCCCUGAUAAGUUUUCAGAUGAUAAAAGAGGAAUGGCUGUUCUUACAGAUGUAGGAUCUCAAUUUGAGCCAGUUUGCUACAGCAGGAAAGUAAUCUUGCGUCAACUGGAAAUUUGAAUUAUUAUGUGGAUUAUAAUGAAUGGACAUUUUUGUAGGGGUUGAUACAUUUUUCGUUAGGGAAAAUCAUUUCUGAAAUGUAAAAGUGGAAAUUACAAACUUUAGAAGACUUUUAAAAACUCAAAUACACUACAAGUUUGCAUUUCCUGCUUUGCAGAAAAUUCUCAGCAACAAAAGAGUGAUCCAAUGAAGAUCCUACAUCUGUACAAGCUGUUGUAGACAAUGUCAUAAAACAACAUUUGUCAAUGAGAGGAAUGUCACACAUUGACUCCAUGGUGAGGACACUGUAGUUUGAGACGUAUUGGAGCUGUAUGGAGAAUAAUCUGAACAGAGUGAAGUAUGCCAUUUAUGAUUCAGUGAUGUGAAAAAAACCUGUCAUAUAUGUAGCUUGAAAACAACCUUUCACAGCUUUCAAGACAUAAUGACCUUAUAUGACAAAUCACUGUUGAUUUUGGUCUGAUACAAUUUGCCCUUGUAUUUUUACUCAAAAGGUCUACAGUACAUUUUCCUGACUUUCAAUGUUCUAAGUAGAAUUAUGACUUUCCCAUUCAUUACACAGAACAUACUGUACGUGUCCCUCUCCUCCAGUAGGGGUGUGAAUGGCGUCUCGUUUGCCAGAACUCUAAGUAGAUCCAUUUUGAGGCCAGAAAAAUUCCUCGAGCUCCCUGGGAAAUGUCCAUUUCAGUGGAAUGAAUCUGACGAGUUAGUAGUUUAUUGUGAAACUGCCGUUUAAACUGCAUUUCAGCUUCACCAUUAGGGUUCUUCAGCUGAAUCAGGACCUGGUAAUUGUUUUCUUUUCUGAACUUAUUUAUUUUUUUGAAAUAUCAAGUUUAUUAAUAGCAUUGUUUUCCCCUACUUUUUUGUUUGGAUAUUUGUAUUUCUUUGGUUGGUUGUUUUAUUCCUGAUAUCGUUUUUAAAUGAUCUUAUUUAAAUCUCUGAAACAAAUUCUUCUGAUGAUAUCAAUGUGGAUUUGGAAUAAUUGCUCCUGUCUUAGAAUAUUUGAAGGAAAUCAACACACUGUGGUUGUCAUUGUUGGUAGUGUAUACUGUGCCAAGGUUUGCAGCAAACAGCAUUUUAAGAGUUUGAGUGCCAUCUUCAUGUGCUGUAAAGGUACAUAUAACUAUUUUGAAGUUGUAAAGAGAAAUAUGUCAUGAGAAGCUGUUGGAAAGACAGUAGUAAUGGAUCCCUGAGUGAUUUGUAUCUCCAGACAGUUUUUCUAGUUGUUUUCUCAUUCUGUAUUAAAGUUAGCCAUUCCUCUUACACAACAA